AUGACCUCCUGGGACCAGAUCCGCAACGAUGUCCGCUCAUUCCGGGCAUCCGUCCAACCCACCGUCACCACCAUCCGGGACUUUUCCUUCGACUCGCACAAUGACCGCAUCUUUUUCUUUGCAAACGACCUCUCAAAGUCAUCAAAGUCGCCCAUGCUCUUCCGUGUCGACCUGCCAAAGUCUUACUCCGACAAAGACGCCUCCUCGUCCGCAGACUCAGACCUGGACUCGGACCUGGAGGAUCUCUCGUCAGACCAUCACUCAAACUCUACUGGACUAGACCAGGAGGAUCACGAUAUGGGCUUGGUCCCCUUCGAUCCUGCAACCUACCAACACUUUGCGAUCCCCUCUGUAACGCCCAUCCAGAUCAUCACUGGUGGAAGUGGCCCUCGGAAUCCAUACGCUGCACCCGACAGGAGUAGUUUCUCUUCAACAUCUCAGCCCACAGCAUCGGAGAAUGCUGCCUCCGCGACAGGUGGUGGGCUAGAAUCGGGCAGUUCAGUCACAGAUCAAAUCCUCGCUGCCGCACCCGUCCUGCCCUGGGUGCCUGUCUUGAGCGAAGAGUGGAUCAAGUACUCUAAUUCGGCCCUCGGUCACUCCCCCACCGACCGUCUUUCCUUCUACCAGUUUGAACCGCAGGUCAAUCGUCUCAUGUUCCCUUAUGGCGUAGCUAUCUACACGGGUAGCAUUCAAGAGGACGGCAAAUUUGAACCGCAGGCAGCGCGGACAGCACAUCAAUCUGCAUCCUCCAGUCCGAAUCGAUCGUACUCCAACCUAGUCCACAACGCUUUGGCCGCAGGAAUCAACCUUGUCUCUGUAUCAGGACCAUUGGCUUCUCCACGGACUCCCAUCUCCAACUCAGCCGCCUCCAGCCUCCACAAUGGUGCUGCUGCAUCCUCAUCGAUGAGGGCGGAUCCAAAACUAGGCGGAUCAGAAUUGGAUUUGGUGGCGUUUACUCGGGAUCAGGACAUUUGGGUCAUGACCCUUGGAGGCGUCGAGACACAGCUCACAUUUUGCUCGAGGAAUAAGAAGAAAUCCGACAUUAGCUGCGGCAUUGCUGAAUUUGUCAUGCAGGAAGAGUUUCACCGCUUCUCAAACUACUGCUGGGCACCUUCCUCACCAUUGCUGCCCAGCCCGCCGCCUCGAUUCCCGACACCGACCACAAAUGUAAAACCUGCAUCACCCCCUCAGACAGUGCCUUCGAUGCCCUCGACUCCGCCGCACCCGCAGCACUCGAUGCAACACUAUCAGCACCAUGACUCAUUCUCCCCCAGCCCGGCGACUUCCUCGCCCAACUCGACCUUCACAACGCCAUCUCCCACCUCAUUGUCGCCACCUAUCCUUUCCGGAAUUUUCCCUGUCCCCGCAGUCAACACAUCGUCAUCAAGGACAGUGGAGAGGAUUCUUUAUCUGCAAGUCUCGGAGGCAAUGGUGGAUCUGGUAGUGAUUCCAAGACAGGGCAUGCACCCCGAGUUUGAGGAGUACAGAUACCCGCAUGCAGGCACCCCCAACGCUGUCUCAGAUAUUCAGAUUGUCGAGUUUGUGCCUCGGUUACACGACGAUGAAGUUGUUCCUGAGCCUCUGCACAAGAGACUCUGGGGCAGGGGUUCACUUUACAAAAUGUUCCCAUGGAUCGAGUAUAUUGUUCGCUUUGGUUGGCUUCCUGGCGGCGAGAGUGUAUGGGUGCAGAUCUUGGACCGCAGGCAAAAGAACACGGCUAUUCUUGCUAUUCCGCUGGAUUGCUUCAUGUCGGUUGCAGAGCAAGCAGAGAUAACUGAGCAGGCAGAGGACGAGCUGGCAAGUCGAAUCCGGAUCAUCUUUGAGGAGCGGAGCGACUACUGGAUCAACGUGACGGAUAUCACGCAGUUUUUAUCACCAGAGGACUUUGUUCUCGAUGAAGACUCGGUAAGGGACGAUGUUAUCCAGUUCAUCGUUCCUUCUGAGCGGACGGGAUUCCGGCAGCUGUAUCUGGCCACACAUUCAACGCGAACGGGAUCGAAAAUUGUCCCCAUUACCAGUGGGAACUACCAGGUCGUCGACAAGUCCAUCACCAUCGACACCAAGCGCCAACUCGUUUACUUCACAGCCAAACGGGAUUCAGUGCUGGAGACGCAUCUCUAUGUCGCCAGUUAUGCCAGGGGUGCGCAACCAGGAGAUGUCAAGCGGCUGACCGAACUGGGAUACAGUCAUCAGGUCACUGUCGAUGUAAUCAAGAAUCGGUUCCUGACCAUGUAUUCGAGUGUCGACCACAGUCCUGCCUGUGCAGUUCUUUAUCUUCGCUGGAGCGAUUGCCGCCACUCCCGGUCACCGUCGCCCCUCUCGCCUAUGGAUAACAUCGGCAGGAAAGGAACAGAGUGGUGCAUGUGCGGGUGUCAGUUCCCCAAGAUUUCGUCGCAUGCAUUUAUACUUCGUGAGGGGAUUGCCAAUCUUUCGGCCAAGAAGAUUCGACAGUCGCCGAUUGUUUCUUCCUCGACACCUCUUGGACAUGCCAGGUCUCGGUCAGAGUCGUCUGUGAGCCCACCUCGGAUAGACACUGCGUUCGGGAGCUUCAAAACGGGAUCGAUGAACUCGAUUUCGGGAUUCCUGGCUAGCCAUCUCCUUUCAUCGAGCCUUCUGUCGAGCCCAAAGUCGAUCCAACCCCAGCCUCAACAGGAGGAUUUGGGAAUGGUGUUGAGUUCCUCGGCAGGAGCAGGAGGUCGCAAGUCGAGUCUUCGAUUUGUACCAACUACCCAAGCCUCCUCAAGCACGCCUCCGUCGUCUUCCUCGGGAGGAGGCGUGAUCAAUGCGACCUAUCACCCGGUCGCAGAGUUUUUCACUUUCAUGAGUUCGGACAAUGUGCAGCUGCAUGGAUGUCUGUACCGGCCCGCGAACUACAAUGUGGGCCAAAAAUACCCGACACUGGUCUCGAUCUAUGGAGGACCACGGUCACAGAUGGUAACGAACGAGUACAAGCUGCCAAAGUUGUUGAGGGUGUUCCUUGCGACACGGUUGGGAUAUGCGGUGGUGAUGAUUGAUGGACGGGGCAGCAACGACCGAGGAGUAGAGUUUGAGGGGCAACUGCAGUACCAAAUGGGUCAGAUUGAGAUUCGGGAUCAGGUUGAGGGGUUGCAGUUCCUGGCGAAACCCGAGAAUGGUGGUCUUGUUGAUAUUGACCGCGUGGCCAUCUCUGGUUGGAGCUAUGGCGGAUACUUGACGUUGAUGGCGCUUGCACAAUACCCGCAGAUCUUCAAGAUUGCGAUUGCAGGUGCGCCCGUGACUCAAUGGGAGCUGUACAAUACCGCGUACACGGAGCGGUACAUGGGCCUCGUCCAGGAGAACAAGGAAGGGUACGACAAGAGCAACCUGUUGAACUGGGUGGAUCGGUUCCCGGACAGCGAGAACCGGCUCUUGAUUGCACAUGGACUUAUUGACGAAAAUGUCCACUUCAAGAACACGGAGAUGCUGGUCGCGGAUUUGAUCCGAAGUAAUAAGCCGCAUCAGGUUCAGAUCUAUCCGACGGAGCGGCAUGGGUUGAGGGAUGCUAGGGUUAAUGAGCAUUUUGAGACCUUGAUGUUUUGGUUGAUGAAGAAAAACCUCUAA